CUUACGUGAUGGCCUGGCACGUGUUGACAGAACUGAAGUUAGAGAUGGCCACGAGCAGUGGUGGCCGCGUGAAAAGAAUUAGGAAAGAAAGAAGAAAAGAGAUCAAACCGGGGAAGUUAUUUUUAACUUAUCUAAGAAACGUCGCACAGUCAUACGCGACGCAAUGAAACGUAUAUGAGCUACAACGAGGAAGAAGGAAAGGAAGUGACAGAGAGUUUGGUCCAUGGCCUACGAGGUGUGCAAAUUGGUGACUCGUCUUAUAUAUUGUCGUGCCCCAUGUCACUUUUGGAAUGCCAGAUGAGAAGAAAUGCAUGGCCCAACGUCGAUGACACAACGAACGAUAAUACGUUCGUCGAGAUGUCCGACAUCCAAGGUCAGGGUGACGUCGAGCCGAUCGCGUACGAUGCCGCCGAGUCGUCGAAGAAGAAACGUACAAAGCCAACGACAUAUGUCAAAGAAAUAGAGCAACCUGGUACUAACGAUGCCGCCACCAAAGUAUCUGUCAAUUUAUUGCACCGAAUGAUCGAAGAGUUGGAGACCGUGACCACCGAGGAGACGAUCCUAAAUCGCAACGAUUCUGAUAAAGGGGUCAAAGAAGAAAUUACGAUUUGGGAGGAAAAGGAGGAAAAAUUGAUUCGGAUAAUCGAAAAUAACGAAGGAUCGCAUGAGAGCAUCAUCGAGGAAACUCGAUCGAUCAGGCAAUUCGUGGACGAGGACAGGGACGAAGUUAAGUCGUCAAUGAUGAUGUCGGGUGCCUCUUCUACGAGAAAUCUUUCGUUCGAUGAGGUUUAUCUCGAGGAAAAUGCAACGGAGUAUCCGCCAAAGCAAACGUCCAUUGACGAAAUCGAAGAAACUUGUGAUAUCUUUCCGGAAACGAAAGAAACCGACAAGACAAUCAAGUCGAAGAAGAAGAAGAAGAAGAAGAAGAAGAAGAAAAGGGAGAGCUUGGGUCGAAGGCUCAAGAGGUUCUUCCUAAAGAGAUUCAAGCGUGGAAAAAAUUGAUAGGAUGUUUUCGUUCGAGGACUGAGACGCAACUUUGGAAGCAUUUUUUUUUUUCUAUUUGUUUAUACAUAUCCGCUCCGAUAGAGUACUUUUUUUUAUAGCAACGCGACGCUCCACGGUGAACGUAGCGUCGAUCGGUUGUCGACGGUGUGCCGAGCAAGUAAAAAUAGUUCGGACAGUGUCUGAUCAUCGCAUGGUCCACCGACGGAAUUACGUCUGAGGGGGAGAGGAAAGAAAAAAGACGUAGCGUUAAGAAAAGAAAAGAAAUUGAAAAGUGUCUUGCCAAUUUCUAGAAAUUCUUUAUUAUACUUUUAUAAAGAUACGCCUCUCUCGCUUGCGCGUGAACAUCAUUGUAUCGUCAGUUUCUAUGAUAGUUUACCAAGCACGCAACUUCGCCAUGAUUAUGUGCAUAUACUCGUAUAACAAUCGUAGAAUUGGUCUAGCAGAUAAUACGUGAAAUAAAAAUUGCGUCCAAAUAUAUAUGCAUAUAUAUAUAUAUGUAUAUAUAUAUAUAUAUAUAUAUAUAUAUGUGUGUGUGUACAAAAUCGCUAAAAAAUCGCCGUACAUCAAGGGUCCGUAGCAGGAAUCGAAGGACAAGUUGGAAUCUAUAUACAUAUGUAUUUUGUGUCGGUUUUUUAAUGCCACUGCAGAUCUGGCAACCCUGAUAUACCGCUGUUGAAAACCAUUUAUCGUAGUAGGAAGCACACUUUAAGCACAGAGCUCCUUCUUCUCGAACUGUUUUUGGACCGCAACGUUGCCAAUGCUCUCUUCUUAGUCGAGAUGACUUUGUUUCAGCAUGAUCUUUCUCGUCUAUCUCGAUCGUCGCGCCAUCUGUAGAAAUAAAAUGAAUAAAUUUGGUAACACCCGGUACCACUUCUGUUUCUACCUCCGUGAGAUCAGCAUCCCAUAGAAGCA